UCCACGCUGGGAGGAUACGUCCUCACCUCGGCGCUGCUCCUCAAAUGCCCUGGGCUGCUCCACCGGCCCAAGCGGCAGCGCUUCCGAUGCCGGCACAUCUCGCACCGCGGCGGUGCUGGGGAGAACCUGGAAAACACGAUGGCAGCCUUUCACCAUGCUGUUAACAUAGGAACAGACAUGCUGGAGCUGGACUGUCACCUGACCAAAGAUGAGCAAGUGGUCGUGUCCCAUGAUGAGAACCUGAAGAGAUCGACAGGAGUCGAUGUCAACAUAUCUGACCUCAAGUACUCUGAACUUCCACCAUAUCUCUGCAAGUUGGAUGUCGCCUUUCAGAAAGAAAGUCACUCGGAGGGAAAAGAUAACCGCAUCCCUCUCCUGAAGGAGGUGUUUGAGGCAUUUCCACAAACUCCUGUCAACAUUGACAUCAAAGUGAACAACAACGUGUUGAUCAGGAAGGUCUCAGAGUUGGUGAGUCAGUAUAAACGAGAGCAUUUGACAGUAUGGGGGAAUGUCAAUUACGAGGUGGUUUCCAAGUGUCUUAAGGAGAAUGCUGACAUUCCCAUCAUCUUCUGUUUGCAACGUGUCCUUCUGCUUCUGGGACUCUUCUACACUGGUCUGCUGCCAUUCAUUCCUUUCAAGGAAGAAUUCUUGGAAAUCCCCAUGCCUUCCAUCAUCCUCAAACUGAAAGAACCAGAAAAGAUGUCAAGAAGCCAGAAAUUUAUUAUCUGGCUAGCUGACACGCUGCUAAUGAGGAAAGCACUUUUUGAUCACCUCACUGCUCGGGGCAUUCAGGUAUAUAUUUGGGUACUGAACGAAGAACAAGAAUACAAGAGAGCAUUCGAUCUGGGAGCAACCGGAGUCAUGACAGACUAUCCAACAAAGCUCAAGGAGUUUUUACACAACUAUCCUGUGUAAAGACAGGAAAACAAGGAAGACUUUGCAGGACAGAUGGAGCCAAGGAAUUUAAUCAAAAAGAAGUUGAGCAACGUGCACAAAUCACAUUGUUGGGAAGGUGAUUCUUGACCUUGUCAGGUUGCAACCUAAUGUAAAGGCUGUCUAUUUAUUUUAAGACUUUAAUUACAUAGUUUACGUUUGUAAAUAGAUCAUGUAGCAAAGGUGCACUUCACUAAUAGUUGUGACUAAGAAGAAAGUUGCUGGAUAGGAUACCUGUAGAUAAUAAGUGUUGUUUUAUCAGUCACACGUGUUCCUAAGCAGAUGUCAAGACACGUCAGUUACUCCAGUUAUAUUUUAGUGUACAGAAGCUAAAGGGUUUCUGAAAGUGUACCUUUUGUGUAUGUAUUGCUUGUGUUGCUUUUACUUUUCGGAUAACUUGAAGGGUGAGAAAGAGAAACAAUGCACAGGAGAAACAGAAAGCAGAAUCUGUGGACAGCCAGACAGUUCAGCCUGUGAAGUGUAGUAAAAGCAGUCACUUUUUUCUUCCUCUUUUUUUUCCAAACCAAAAUUAACCCACUUGGUCAGUGUAGGUUUCCUCAAUUAUUGUUACUGAUAAGAAUGUUGAGCUUCAGUUACAGCUGUAUUUAGACUUCUUUUUGAUGUGCUGGUAAUACAGUGACUCACUGGCCAAGGUCCAGACACAGCAUUUCAGCUUGCUGCUGAGCUCGCUUAGUUCUUCUGCAAGGAUCUGGGUUUCCCCCUGGUUCUGAGCUCCUGUCAGGCUGCCGUGGCCUGGCAGCAGUGAGCUGCCCAGAGAGGAAGAUUGCACUUGGUAUAGAUUACACUUCCUUUGAAACACUCUCUUCCCAAAGGAAACCAAUGUUUUUAGGAGUCUUCUGCACUUUCACAGUUCUGGCACCUCUUGGCUCGAUUAAUGGGAAGCUGUUUUUUGGAUGAGGGACCAAAGAAGACUUUAAAUUUGGUCAGGAGUUUUAGGAACAACGUAAAAGGUUUGUUUUAAAUGAAUUCACCCAAAGCAGAUAUAUAUAUAUAUAUGCCUGUAAAAGGAGCAGCUAUCAGUCUAGGAUGCCUGUAAGUUUUAGUCUUUUUUUCUCCACAUUCAAUAUUGAUGAAGUCUAUGGGCAUGGACUCAGAAGUAAUUUUACCAGCAAAAGCCAGGAAUCCCCAAGUGUCAUGGAUGGGGAAGGAUAGGAAUGUAUUUUUAGAAGCUGAGUGCUGUUCUGCCCCUCUGAACAGAUGCUCUGAGUGUCAGACACAUUGGAGCCUGUGAUGCCCCUAUGUUUUGGUGUUGUCAUGUUAGGGUUUUUCAGAAAGAAUUUGACUCUUUUAGCUCAGUUAUUCACACUGACACGUAUAGAGCCCAGUCAUCAGGUGGUACUGCUGGAACACAGCUGUUGUGUGGUGAUGAUAGUAUCUAAUUCCUUAUGGACCUUCAUGUGAAAAUUAUAUCACUUAAUAACAAACACAGUAGCCAGAACAAGAGAUAUAUUCACUGCAAGACACACUCAUUAUUCUAAAAGUUUGUAAAGCAAUGAAUUUUUUCCCUUCCCAUCUCAGACUUGGAAGGGCUCUUGUUUCACUGCAAGGCUGCUGUGCCAUCCCUGUAAUCAUGGAGCAUCUUUGCUAUUUCAUUAUGCCCAUCUGUAGUAGAAUGCCAAGCCCAUCUGAGUGGAUAAUAUUCAUUUGUGUUGUGCACAAUCACGUUUGUGCAAUGUCCAUUUAAGGGAAGGGAAGUUCCUUUCCAAGGAGUUCUUACAGAUGAAGCAGAAGACAUUACUGCAUUUACACUUUAACUGAACGUGUGACAGUGGUGGCAAGUGAGUUACUGGUGUCCUUCUCAAUGUCUGCCUACUUAAGAUGGCUGUAGAUUAAAUUUCCUUUUAAUUGAAUCAGGCUUGUUGUAUACUGAAUGGCUGAGAGGAAAACGUAACUUCUACCUGCUCAUAGGAAUAAGGAUAACAUGAUUUAUCAUGUGCUGUGCUUCUUGUUUCCACUUCAGACCAGUUAUGCUGGUCAGGUAACUGCUAAUAAUCAAUCUAGCAAUAUUUCUUCCUGUUUUCUAAUAUUCACAGAAUAGUUUCAGAAUAGGUUCCAUAUGGAUCUCAAUAGGUAAAUGAAAAAGCUUCUACCCUCUCUGUUUGAAUUUGGUUUACUAUUCAGUUAUAGCUCCAGAUCCUACAUUUUUGUGCAGUAUAUACAUUUUUUUUCUACUCAGUUUUACUGCUGUCCAAUUUCCAGUGUGCACAUCUCCACUGAGAUACAAAUACAACUCUGGUUUUAUCAGAUGCUACUGAAUAGCACAAGUUAGGACUUCUCUUACGCUAGGAAUAGCUGAGUUUUAAAAACCACUUUUGAUUUCUGGACUUGAUCUCUCAUGGGACACACGAUGACUUCAUUUUUUCUCUUAAGCUUUCCCCAUCGCUGCAUAAGUAAACUAUUUUGUUUUAUUCUACGUUGACUGACAAAACACUGCUAUUAAAAUGGACUUUAUUUUUACAUGAUAAGCUACCUGUUUUGCUGCAGCAGUGGUGUUGGGAACUUGUGCCUUCAAAGAUGCUCAACACAUUCUUCAGCCACUGCUCUUCCUACGUCUGCUGUAACUUUUGACUGUGCUUUUCAUACAGAGCUCUCUUUGAUAAAUCUGCUCCAUAAUAGCUGAAGUUUAAAUAAGAUACAUGGAAAGCAGGGGCUCAGUGCUGAAAAAAACUGCUGAAUUCCUUCAGUCACUCGUUUGGACCACAGUAAAGGAGUUAAAGUUUGAUCUCUUGAGGCAGACAGCAUUGUGUGGAACCUGUGCACAAUAGGCCACGGUAACUAUCUGUAACAAAAUAACAUGGAAUUGAGGGAGUUUGUAGGAUGUUUGUUCUGAUUUGCCUUGUUUGAAUGUUCCAUAACCUGCCACGUGAUUUCAAAACCACUUGUACAGAAAACCACUUGUUGAGGUCUUGCUCAGCCGUCCAGGAGGAUGUUCAGUUAAUCUCUGUCUCCCAAGAGAGAUUUUUUUUCCCUUUGGGUAAUUUUAACUCUAAGUAUUGUUUAAUACGCACUGUGUUCUCAAUCUUUUACAAAAUAAGUUAUGUAUGAAGGAUGAUGCAUGUAUUCCAUGCACUUUUAAUCUGCAGAAACAGUUUUGGACCUCUCUAGCUGAAAAUCUGUGAUAUUUUUUUUUUCUUUUCUUGUAAGGAAAGAUUGAUGCUCUUGAAAUGUGACACAUUCAGAUAUCUUUGCUCAUAAAAGAUCUACAACUAAAUACUACUUCCUUCUGAA